CUCUGCCCUGCGUCCCGCAGCCCCAUGGCCGGCAGCACCGAGAUGGCGUCCCUGGAAGAGAGCUUCCGCAAAUUCGCCAUCUACGGCGACACCAAGGCUACGGGGCAAGAAAUGAACGGGAAGAACUGGGCCAAGCUGUGCAAGGACUGCAAAGUCACCGACGGCAAAAGCGUCACCGGCACUGACGUGGACAUCGUCUUCUCCAAGGUGAAAGGGAAGACAGCCCGCGUCAUCAACUACGAGGAGUUCAAGAAGGCGCUGGAGGAGCUGGCCACCAAGAGAUUUAAGGACAAGAGCAAGGAGGAGGCGUACGAAGCCAUCUGCCAGCUGGUGGCGGGAAAGGAGCCGAUGAAUGUGGGCGUCACGAAAGCCAAGACGGUGGGGGCCGUGGAGAGGCAGGGGGGCACCUCCAAGUACACGGGCUCUCACAAGGAGCGCUUCGACGAGAGCGGCAAGGGCAAGGGCAAGAGCGGUCGGGAGAACAUCGUGGACACCAGCGGCUACGUCAGUGCCUACCAGAAAGCGGGGACCCACGACCUGGUUAUGAUCCCCUGCAUCUGCAGACUGAAAACCGCGGGCCUGCGUGCUUGCGACACGGCCAUGGUGCCAAACCUCGCCGCCACCCAGCGCCCUGUGCCUCCACCACGCCAGCCCCCGUCCUGCAGCCCCGCGUUCACACCCCUCUGCUCCCUGCGGAAGAGGCGGCUCAGCCCUCAGGACGGGGAGGAAAAAGCUGAGCCAGCAGCAGGCUAG